AUCUUCCCUCUCUGCAAAAUUAACCUCCACUCCAGAGAAUCAAUCUUAACCCAUUUCUUCUUCCUCUCUAAAUACUCUCUCAUCUCCACUCCUCUUCCUUGAGAAAUUGAACCCAGUUUCUGGGUUUCAUUCAAGCCUCAAACUUAGUAAAUCUUAUCAAAUCAAAUUAACCAUUCAAUAAACAAAAUAAACAAUAUCAAUCAAACUCCAACAAAAAUACAAUUAAAUUGUAAAUCAACUCUCAAAUUUAUUAACAACUAGAAAUGAAAAUCCAAAGAAAAAUGAAAAAACAUAAAUUCAACAUCAAAACAGCAAAGCUGGGUUGGGGUCUCGUCGAACCCAAUAGCUGGGUUCGGGUAAACCCAUCAAGGCUGGGUUCGACGAGACCCAGCAGGAUCUGGCUGGGUCUCCCUGAACCCAGCAAGGCUAGGUUCGUCGCAGCCAUGGAGACCCAGGGCAGGGAAAAAAGAAAGAGAAAGAAAGAAGGAGAAGAAGAAGGAUUGGGUGGGUGGGGGUAGUUAAGUAAUUUUAUGUCAAAAUGUUUGCCACGUCAUAAAAAAAAUUAAAAGAUAAUAUUAAAUGUCAAAAUGUUUGUCCAUGUCAUCACUUUGCUCUCCAUGUCAUCACUUUGCUCUCCACAUCAUCAAAAAAAAUAUAAAAAAUGCCACGUAAGCGGAGUUAACGGCUCAAAUUAACAGAAGGACUAACGGAGUGCAUUUCUUGUAGUUGAGGGAUCAAAAAAGUGCAAAAAAUUGU